ACCUGAUUAAACACAUUCACCGCCAAGAAAUAAUUCUUUUAUGAAAAAACCCUGUUCGUUCGAAGAAUCAAACAGAUUAAUUAUUAAUUUUCAAAUGAACAAUUGAUAAUUAUUCAGCAUAAAUCAGAAUGGCAAGUGACCCAAAUGUAAGCCUCUGGGUGAAGGCUGAACCAUUCAGCUAUGGAGCUUUGCAUAUCGCACCACAUCCCAGACUCAACUUUACAAACAUAAAGAAGAUAGUAAUAUAUGCAAAGACUAAAGCAGAAACAGGGUUUCCAAGGCUCAGCUACUCAGUAUGGAGACAUAUUGCUUGCAACAAACUUCAUCUGUCUGAGGAACUGGCCUGGCUCUACUUCUCCACAUGCCAUCUGCUGUCGGAGAACACAUCGGCCGUUGAGAGGUUGGAAUGGGACCACCGCAUCUCUGAGGCCACUGACCUCAUCAAAGAUGGCAUGAAGAACAAGGUGCGAGUGGGGACCCUGAAGUUUGUCCUCUUCCUGUAUAUACAACAGCUCAAUAAGGUGUCUCUGAAGGCUUCACUUGUAGCUGGAGAUGAAUGGCCUACAAGGUCUUCUUCCCCUGACCUGGAUACCAGUGGUAGGAAUACCCCCAGGAAUAGUAACAAGGUGUUAGAUGAUCACAGUCAUAUGGUGUUUAUACAGAACAACAUACAUGAGAUCUUGGAGCUUUUACUAGAACAUGAUACGUAUGGCUCCUCCCAGGGAGACCUCAGCCUCACCCUGGAGGCGGUGGAGGCGCUGGGGUUCAUACUGGCGGGCUCAGUGGACCGCUGCAAGACCAUGCUGCCUAUUCAGGACAUUGCCAUGCUGCAGACCUUGCAACACAGGAGUGGCUACUCUAAGUUAAUGAAGAGCUUCUCCCUAAGGUUGUUACAAAAUUGGAUAAAAGAUUCCCUGGUUCAAAAUCCAUUUGGCAUCUCAGCAUGCAUUGCCAGUGGGCGGAGGCUGUCUUGGCCAAUGGGAGCAGGUGAUGACUCUAAGGAAGUAAAAGAAAGCUCAAACAAACGAGGUCGUAUUGCAACAAAUGCCCAUGUUGUACCAAAAGAACACAUGAAAGGGAACAAAAUAAUCAUCAUGAGUCAAGUUGGCAAGCAGACAAUAUCAAGGAGCUCAAGCACUCUAGAAAACAGCAGUGUCAAGAUCCAUAGAUGUCACUCUGCCUUCCUCUACUUGCUUGCUCCACUAAGAUCUGUUACCAUAGAGAAGUGUCACAAUACCACAGUGAUAUUGGGUCCUGUGGAAACCCAUGUAUACCUCAGCCACUGUGAAUCUGUCACGCUAAUUGCUUGCACAAGAAUGGUGACAGUAAGUUCCUGUACGCUGUGCAAUCUAUACCUGCUUACCCCAAACCCGCCUGUUGUACUCAGUGGAAAUGACUCCAUACGCCUGGCACCCUACCACACCUACUAUCCGAAAUUGGAGGAACACAUGGCAGAAGUGGGAAUUGGAGCUGCCAUGAACAUGUGGGACCAUCCAUUGUGUAUCGGUCCGGACCACAAAGAGGAUGCACCAGUCUGGGAGCUUCUUCCGCCAAGUGACUUCUUUACGUUCAACAUUCCGUUUGAAAUGGAGGGCGCCACCAAGGAGAUUCCAGGGGGUCUUCCAAGCAAGUACCACCGUGCCAUUGCUCAUCGUAGUCGGCAGAUUGACUCCUGGCAGAAGACUGUUAAAGAGGCAGGGUUGUCACGGGAACAGCGGAAGCAGUUCCAGGCAUUGGUGGAGAGCCAGUUUCACCUGUGGUUGUCUGAAUCAGGACAUAAACGUGAGCUGGACAAUCUGGCUGUUCCCCAGGCUGCAAAGCAUUGAACUGAGACUUCUUAGUUAAUUUGUGUUCUUUUCUGAAGUAUGUAAUAGUGUUUUGAUUAUGUCCUUAAGUAUUGUUCAAUUUUUUCUUUGCUUCACCUAGAUAGUUUAUGUUACAAAGCUAGUUGUUUUUAAUCAAAGUGUUACUUAAAAUUAUAUUUAUACAGUUUGUUUCUUUUCAUUUUGUAAAGAAUUGACACGAGUAUAUUAAAACAGUUUUUUUUAGAAAUGACAGCUUUGUGAAUGAUAAUGCUAAUAGUCAUCAGAACUGUUAUAAGAUGGAAGUAACAUGUUUUAUGUGGAGUGUGUUUCCUAUUUAUUGGAUUGGUAAAAGCCCUUUAAAUAUGUAUAAUUGUCGAAAUAAAUGUGCCAUUCAAA